GGCAGAUUCGCCAGAUUCACCAGGUUUACCUUACUUCACUCAUGCUUUACUCUGUGGCAUAACCCAAGACCCUCAAACGACCUUCUUCCUCCCUCCGAACCUCCACGAUUCCCUAGAUCAGAUCUCACUUGCAACCUCAAACUUCCUCCCCAUACCAACUUUUCAUCACUCGACAGUCACCUACCCAAACAUGGCUGUCAAAAAGAAAGAAGCCGCAAAGAGUGACUCGGGCCCUUCGGCGGAAAUCCUUGGACUGGUUGGACACUAUCUCACAUCAUUCGGCCUCGAGUCCACGCACAAGGCGUUCCAGAAGGAAGUGAAAACGCUUCAGAAACGCUCGGGCUGGCCUGCGCCGACCGAUGCCGCGACAGUCAGCGAUCUGGUGCCAGCUUUUGAACUUGGCCUCUUGUCGAUGGUGCAAGAUGCGAUGAAGAGCAAUGCCUCGUCAUCGAAUGACACUGAUGAAGACUCUGACUCCUCCGACAGUGACGAUAGCACAUCGUCCUCAGACGACUCGGGGAACGACAGCGACGGUGAAGAUGAUCUCAGUAGUAGCGACAGCGACAGCGGUGAUGACAGCGAUGACAGCAGUAGUGACGAGUCAUCUGCAUCAGACAAACUUCCACAAAAGGCCAGCCAGAAGAAGAAGAUCCUCAAGCGCUCCGCCUCAACCUCUUCUUCGUCCUCUUCCUCAUCUUCAACCUCGGAGUCUUCAAUCGACCGCGAGGAAGAAGUAACCGUGAAGCCAACCGCCACGAAGAAUCUUAAGCGGAAGGUCGAGGUUUUGAGCUCCUCAGACUCGUCGUCGGAUUCCGGUUCCGACUCUGAUUCAUCCUCGGACGAUGAUCACCCUGUGAAACGAGCAAAAGUGGUCCCAACUACCAAAGCCACCGAGAAAUCCUCGAGGGAACUGUCAUCAGGAUCAGACAGUGACUCCAGUGAGGACGAGGCCGCCGAUGACAGAACCCACGGCGCAAAGCUGACGCCCGAACCAGACGAAAACUCCGACUCGUCCAACACCGUGAUGGGAGACAACAUGGCUGCCGACUCAAAACCGGAUUCGACCAAGCCCCCUAAGAAGCAUGUCGGUGCGAGACCGACCCCACUGGCACAACUUUCGGCUCAAGCUACGGUGGAUAGUCACAUCAGCAAUGCCUAUCAAAGCUACGACUAUGCGGAUCGUGCAUACAAGGACCUCUCCGUGACUCGAGGCAAAGGCUUCACCAAGGAGAAGAACAAGAAGAAGCGUGGCAGUUAUCGUGGAGGAGCCAUCGACAUCAGCGGUGGUAAAGCGUUCAAGUUCGACGACUGAUUUUACUUGCAAAGUAGUACUACCGCGUGGGCAAAGCGAAGGGGUACAUCGAAUAUGGAGAGAACGAGUCAUGAUGGGUGAUGGUGACGGUUGGUUGUGGUUUUUUUCCUCCUUUUUCUCCAAAAAUGCAAAUGCAUCCUUGAAGCAUUGGGGACGGGUAAUUCUUUUUCAGCGAAAAGCAUGGAGUUGGUGGUCCUGGACCAGAGAGAACAAGAUAGCGCUAUAUCCUUAAGACACACACAUCAGCAUGAUAAAUCGGAGAGAG